UUUUUGUAGUUUCUUAGAAAAGCCAAGUUUUGCAUGACAAUGUUGAUAUGAUAAAAAAGAACAUUGAAGAUUAAUUUUGUUUAGUCAAGUUUCUAAAAGCCAGUGAAAAAAGCUUUCAAAUAGUAAUCAUAAUGGCUUCUAUCGGAAUUGAUUUUGGAACAACGUACUGCACUGUUGCGGCAUAUAAAGAUGGGAAGGUAAACAUAAUACCAAAUGACCAAGACAAGCCUCGUACUUUAUCUUAUGUUGCGUUCACCGAAGCUGAAAGACUGUAUGACGAUGCAGCUGUUCAUCAAUCAUUUACUAACAUGAAAAAUACAGUAUAUGAUAUCAAACACUUGUUGGGACGUUGCUAUGAUGAUCCAAUAGUCAAAAAAGAUGUGGAAAAAUGGGGUUUCGAAGUUGUUGAUCACGGGAAUAAACCUGUCAUACCCGUUCAAUACAAGAACGAAAAAAAUGACCUGAACGCAGAGCAGAUCUGUGCAAUGCUUCUUAGUCAAUCAAAAAUCACAGCGGAAAAAUAUCUGGGCGAGGAAGUUAUUGAUGCUGUUGUAUCAGUCCCUUCAAAUUUUAGUGAUGCCCAACGUAUAGCAAUGAAAGAUGCCGGAUUUAUCGCUGGCAUCAAUAUCAAGGCAUUGAUAAACGAAGCUACGGCUUCUGCAAUUACAUUUGGUUCUAAAACAAAGAUUACAUCAAUAUGCAAUGUACUCGUGUUUGAUCUUGGAGGCGGUUUCUUUGAUGUGUCCGUUGUAGCGAUAAAAGAUUGUGUCUUUAAGAUUUUAGCAACUGCGGGUGAUACACAAUUUGGAGGUAAUAAUUUUGAUGACAGAAUGGUAGAGCACUUUCAAAAACAAUUCGAGCAUUUACAUAACAUUGACAUAUCAAAAGACAAAAAAGCGCUUAAUCGACUGAGAGCUGCGUGUGAAAAAGCAAAAAGAACUCUAUCCGAGACUAUCAACGCAAGUUUUCGCGUGGACGGAAUUUCGGGAAAGAUUGAUUUUGAGAGUUCAAUUACGAGAGACGUGUUCAACGAUAUCAAUAAGGACUUGUUUCAAAAAGCAAUUGAUAUUGUGAAGUCAGUUAUACAUGAAGCGAAUAUAGAUGAAUCUGAUAUUGAUGAAAUAAUUCUUGUGGGUGGUUCAUCUCGUAUACCGAAGAUACGUGAAAUGUUGGGGAAAUUGUUUAAAGGAAAAGAGUUGAACAAAACAGUUAAUCCAGAUGAAGCGGUCGCAUUAGGAGCAGCCAUUAUAGGUGAUAAUUUUCUGAACAAGAAAUACUAUGUAUCCGACAUUUCCCCCUAUUCAAUUGGCGUCAAGCUCCCGUGUAAAAACAAGGACAUGAUGAUUAUUGUUCCGCGUUGUUCCGUUUUUCCAAUCACGAAAUGGAUCACAAUGGUCUGCAUCAACAAGAAUGAAUCAAGGGGUUCAUUAGCUAUUGAGAUUUAUGAAGGUGAGAGUAAUUUGGUGAGAGACAACAUACAUACAUGCACAAUUCAAGCCUCUUUACUCGUUGGAGACUUUGAAUUACAUGUCAGCGUUGACCAUAUGGGUAUGCUCAGUUUUCAAGUGUUCCAAAAACAUCAAAUAAUAAAAGUUUUCCAUGUCGACAAAAAAGGAAGGUUGGAUCGUAGCGAGCUGAAAAAAAUGGCUGCGGGACAUCAAAGAUUUCAAAUCGCUGAUGCGGAAUGGAAGGAACAAAGUGAAGCGAGAAAUAUGCUUGAAAAUUUUACAUACUCUGUCAAGCAAACAACAAGAGAUAGAAGAUAUAAAAAUAAGUGGGAUGAGAAAGAUAAAAAACACAUUCUUCAAAAAUGCGACGACACACUCGUUUGGAUUGAAACUAAUUGGAAUGCAAAAUCAGACGCAUCGCAUAAAAAGCAGCAACAAUUGGCAAACGCGUGGGUGGCUGUGCUAUCAAAAAUAGAUCCUGAGAGAUCGGAACAAUUUCAACAGCAAGAAGAAAAACGAAGACAGCAAGUGGAGAAUAGAAAUACAUUACGAACUCAUAUGGAAAUAUAUCAAAAAAUUACGGAGGACCCAGAUUACAAUGAAAAUUCUGUUCCUGGAGGGUGGAUCAAACAAACGUUUGGCAAGAUCAAACAUUUCUUUUUUAACAGUAAACAAGAAGAUGAUGUUAAAGAAUUGUCACAACAAGCUGGUAGAGUUAUUGAUGCUUUUUACGAACAAGACCAGCAAGAAAAGGCCAGAAUGGAAAACGAACGACAAAGACAUAUUGAAGAAACGAAAUAUUGUAGGGGAAAGAUAAGAGAUGUUAACCAAACAUUAAAUUCUGACGAAUAUAAAAACGCAUUUACAGUCCAGGAAAAAGCAGCAAUUGCAAACGCGAUUCAAGAACUGGAAGAUGCUAUUAAUAAAGAUUUAAAACCAGAAGUAAUACAAGAGAGAGAAAUGGCUCUGGGUAAAUUAUGGGUGCCCACAUUCAAAAGAGUUCGGAAUAAAUUAGAGAUUGAAAAUCGAAGAGGCGCACUAAAUGAUAGACUCAGAACUUUGAGUAUUGCGAAUUCCGAUACCUAUCCGUUACUUACUGAUCCGGAAAAAAAUGAAGUUUACGAAAUGAUACAAUUUGCAGGAAACGUGAAUUAUGGAGCCGGAGAGUAUGAAAAACUUGAAAAGCGCCUUGAUGAACUGUCAAAAGUAAUCGCAGAAAGAAUGAACGACAAAGACAAAACAAGGAAUGCUAGACACCUCCUUGAAAAAAGCAUCGACGAACUCGAAGCCACAAUUAAAAAAGAGAAAUAUGAGUGCAUUGAUUCAUCCAUUGAAAAGAAAAAAAUGCUUGAUUUUAAGAAAUUUCUUCAACAGAAAAUCAAUCGGUCGUUUACAGAGUACGAAACAAAAACAGAAGAAGUCCGACAAGUAUGGACAAACUUUCUUGCAAAAUUUUCAAACGAGAUAUCCGAAAACCAGCAGUCAGCAACAGAAACAGGGGUGCGAAAUUUAACAGACGAUUUCCAGAAUUUGACUUUGAAAAGAACUGACGAUGGUCGUAAGUAUGGUGAGAGACAAAAUAAGAGGAACAAACAUGGUUUCAUACAAUGUGCAAUAUCAGAUACACCAACAUUUAUGACAAUAAAUGAGUGUCUGGCUAAAAACAAUGCUAUCAGACAUCCUCCAGAAACUAACAACGCGCGACAAGCUCUAUCGAAGUUUCUAAAUGAACUUUAUAAACUUUCACAAGGAAAAGACUUUGGUCAAAAACUCACCAAUAACGAAACGAAAAUGAUUCGUCUCGCAUAUGAAAAUGCACAUAAAUGGUUCAGUCAAAAUCCGAGCGCCAAGGAACAAGAAUUCCAAUCAAAAGAGGAGAAAUUGAGGAAAGUGUGGGAUGAUAUACGUCAAAAAGUUAAAGAAAGAGAACAUGAAAGUACAGAAGCGCAUGUCAAAGAAGAGCUCAUAAGUUACCACAAACUUAUUGUGCAAUACUUUUCCAAAAAUGGAACUCACAGGAAAAGCUUGGCUCGACAUAAGAAAAAACAAAUUGAUAAGCUUUGCGAAGAAACCGCAGAUAUUCUGCAGACAAACGCUAAAUCUCCAAAGAAAGGAUAUGCUGGGGCACUAAGACAGCUGCGAGACGUUGGAGAUCCAAUAUUUAACAGAAUUAACAUAACUACAUUUUAA